AUGGGUAAUUGCUUGAAUUCUUCUGCAAGAGUCAAUAACAGAGAAAACUCUUUUGGAGGGUCAUCGAGACUUUCCGCUAAACCAAAUCACUCAUCUCGACUCUCAAGCCUCACAAUACCCUCUUACAGCAACAGAAGCUUCACUACUUCACCAUGGUCAAUUCAGACACCAAAUAGUGAAGGAGAGCUCUUACCUUCUCCAACACUAAAGGCCUUUACAUACAACGAGCUCAAAACCGCUACUAGAAACUUCAAACCCAACAGUCUUAUCGGUGUAGGCGGUUUUGGUUAUGUCUAUAAAGGUUGGAUUGGUGAACAGUCGUUGUCACCUUCAAAACCAGGGUCCGGUGUGGUUGUUGCAGUCAAGCAACUUAAAGCAGACGGGUUUCAAGGACACAAAGAGUGGUUGACUGAGGUUCACUAUCUUGGAAGGCUUCAUCACAUGAAUCUUGUGAAGCUAAUUGGAUAUUGCUUAGAAGGAGAGAAGCGGCUCUUAGUUUACGAGUACAUGCCUAGAGGAAGUCUCGAGAAUCAUUUGUUUAGAAGAGGCGCAGAGCCAAUACCGUGGAAGACAAGAAUGAAAGUUGCCAUUAGCGCAGCGAGAGGACUUGCUUUCCUCCACGAAGCUAAAGUCAUAUACCGUGACUUCAAGGCCUCUAAUAUUCUACUUGAUGCGGAGUUCAAUGCAAAGCUAUCUGAUUUCGGAUUGGCUAAAGCAGGACCAACAGGAGAUAGAACCCAUGUGACAACUCAAGUGAUGGGUACUCACGGCUACGCAGCUCCUGAAUACAUAGCAACCGGCCGGUUAACCUCUAAGAGCGAUGUCUACAGCUUUGGAGUUGUGCUACUCGAACUACUUUCGGGACGUCCCACAAUAGAUAAAACGAAAGUAGGAGUGGAACAGAAUCUAGUGGAUUGGGCAAUACCUUAUUUGGUGGACAGGAGAAAAGUGUUUAGAAUAAUGGACACAAAGCUUGGAGGUCAGUACCCUCACAAAGGUGCUUGUGCAGCAGCCAAUAUUGCAUUGCGGUGUCUGAACACGGAAGCUAAGUUAAGACCGGAGAUGUCUGAUGUCUUGUCUACUUUACAACAGCUUGAGGCUUCAACAAAAACUGGUUCUACUCCAAGCGCUAGCAUCUCUCCUUCAUCUCAUACGUCAGAGAAUCGCAGGGUUCAAGAGAUCUCCGCGUUUAUGAGAAAGUAG